AACUACCAGCGUUCCUUCACUAAACAUCAAAUCAUGGCUCUGACAGCCACUCUGGUCACAUGAUGCAUGAUACUCGACGUUGGAACGAGAUGGCCAAGCCUGUACUCUCGAGUAUCGAAGCACACAGAAGAAAGGGUCAAAUGGGCAUAUACCGAAUGCAACAGGAAACGGGACAGCGAUGACUCCGACACGUAUCAUCCUCCUGGGUGCACACCAUCCCCAUUUCUACGUGCGCGUCGGCAUCCUCCAAGCACGAACAGACAUCGAGAUCAUCGGUUUCUGGGAACAAGAUGUAGUUCUCGCCGCAAAGAUCGAAAAGCGCCUUCGAAUCCCCCGGUUCCCAUCUGAACAUGAGCUCGUCAGCACAGUUUUCGACAUAGCAUUCGUCCACCCCCUGGACCACGACAACCCACGCCUCGCUCUCCUCGCAGCAUCAAAUGGCGCCAAGGGCUUACUGCUCGAAAAGCCCGGCGCCACGCACCCGGAGCAUCUCUUCAAACUAGUCGAGCAGCUGAAGCAAUGGCCGGAUCUUGUCGUUGAAUGGGGCUGGGAAAUGCACUACGCCGAGACGAUGGACUUUGUGCGCAACCUGGUCCGACGCAACGCCCUCGGCCAGAUCACGACGUCACGCUGGCACGGAGGCACACCGUCCGGCGGCGCCAUGGAAAUCUGGCAGCGCCAGAAGAACACCUUGGGCGGCUUCUUGUACAUGGACGCGAGCCACACUCUCGAGGUGAUCGUCGAUGUCUUCGGCCUGCCGCAAAGCGUGUCGGCGAGUAUACGAAAACUGCCCAAGGGCGAGAAACACCCGAUAGUUAGCUGCUGGUAUGACAUGCACCAAGAAGAACUGGACCCGGCGACGACGGAAUUUGCUGUUGGAGACCUGCCGUACGAAGACAUCGGCAGCGUUAUCCUCGAGUACGAGACGCACAAUGUCGUCGCCGACUUCACGGCCUGGGAGCCGACGGAUUGGUGUGCGGACUGGGGAAUUGACAUCUAUGGCACGAACGGGGCGUUUCAUGGCGUGCUGAAUGCUCCGAGGGGCGAGGUGGUGCUCCGCUCGAGUAAAGCCGGGUAUGCACGGGGCGUGACGAAGAUGUCCACCGAGAAGCCACAGGGUGCGUCUAAUCAAGUUGGAUACUACACGCGGCAGAUCGAGUUGUUCUUGCAAAGGGUCAACAGCCGGGCGAUGACAGAAUGUGCCGAUGCUGAUAAUCAGGUGAAGCUGAUGAAGGUUUUGGAUGCGAUUUACAAAUCGGCCAAGGAGCGUCGAUUCAUAGAUGUCUUAUAA